AUGUCGAUCCCUGGUGCAGAGGACACCAUCGACCCCGCCACCUUUGAGCAGAUCCUCGAAAUGGACGAAGACGAGGAAGAGCGCGAGUUUAGCAAGAGCAUCGUCUACGACUUCUUUGGGCAGGCAGACACGACGUUCAAGAAGAUGGAUAGCGAGCUCAAAGACGGCGAUGCGAAGGCACUCAAGGAGCUCAGUGAGCUGGGCCACUUCCUCAAGGGCUCCUCGGCCACCCUCGGCCUCACCAAAGUCAAAGACUCGUGCGAGAAGAUACAACACUACGGCCAGCUCAAGGACGAGUCGGGUACAAAGGACAUCACAGAGGAGGUGGCCAAGGAAAAGUUGGCGGACAUCAUCGAGCAGGCCAAGACGGAGUUCAAAGAAGUCGAAAAGGUGCUGCGGGACUUUUAUCAUGACCAGGAGUCUUGA